AUGAUCGUAGGUGCCGAACCGGAGAUUCAUGAGGACAAUCCGAAGGCCGGCAGUGACACUCGUGGACUGUACAACAGGUGGCUAAAUGCCUGGGACGGCUGGAAGAUUGGAUUUAGUCAUUUCGUGGAUCUACGAGACGAACCUACCGAGUCGGUACUGUGGAAGAUGCUGGAUCGGCGUGCGGCAGGCAUCUUCCCUCGUACUCAAAAAGGGGCAGACCUGAUCAUCCCGAUGUUUUGCAACGAUGAAGUGUCGUUUAUCCUGAUCAAAGUGACGAACCGAGUAGAAGAAAACGAGCGUCCUGAAUCAAUACUGCAAAAGCUUUCACCACUACACCUUUUCAAAGAGAGAAACCCGCUUCGAAAAAUAGACAGCGCCAAGAUGAUUCGACUUAAUGUUAUUCUAUGCGACGAGUCAAAUGCUUGCGGUACCUCUGCGCAAUCCGUCGUGAUACCAAGUCGCGGCAAUGAAAUCACAGAACUUGACUGCGCGCUGUAUAUUCGCGGUCCAUUUGCACCACAUUCGGACGCAGACAACGUCACUGAGACUCGUGGACGGUGGUCGUUUUUGUCAGCGAAGCUGAUCAAGCAGUCACCAACUCAGCGUGGCGGGAUGCCAAGACACAAGUUGAGAGUGACCUUGCCAGCCGCGACGUUGACGAAAUCUACGGCAUUUCGUGCACCGCUUUCGCGUAAGAAUGAAAUGGAAGUGGCAUCAAAGACGCUUGAUCUCUUCUCUACUUCUUGAAAUGGAGGAGAUCGAGCGAGGUGAGGGCAGUGACGUACACAGGGUCGGAGACAAGCAAGUGGACGUGAGUAGGAAACGUUGCAAAAUGUGUAAACGUGGCAAUAUAAGUGAUUGACGUGGUA